GAUCCCUUCAUCCGCGGCAGCUGGCCGCCAGCCCCCUGCUCUCGCUCGCCGGGAAGCGGGAAUUGUGGGAUUAUUUUUUUGGCGGGAGGAAAUAAGGAGGCGAGGAGAUGAAUCAGCUGGACACCCCGCGUCCCAUCAACUGGACCAUCAGGAAGCUCUGCCACGCCGCCUUCCUGCCCUCCGUCCGGCUGCUCAAGGCACAGAAGUCCUGGAUAGAGAGAGCCUUCAGCAAGAGAGAAUGUGUUCAUAUCAUUGUGAGCGCAAAAGACCACCAUAGGUGCUGCUGCGGCCGCCUGAUUGGCCAGCAUGUGGGCCUGCCCCCCAGCCUUUCCUCCAGUCAGAACGACAAGAACGAGCGUCUGGCGAAGAACGACAGCCUGUCGGAGAAAUGGUCCAUCAGCAAACACACGCAGCUCAGCCCCACCGAUGCCUUCGGCACCAUCGAGUUCCAGGGCGGAGGCCAUUCCAACAAAGCAAUGUACGUCCGCGUUUCCUACGACACGAAGCCUGACCUGCUGCUGCACCUGAUGACCAAAGAGUGGCAGCUGGACCUUCCCAAGCUGCUCAUAUCCGUCCACGGAGGCUUGCAGAACUUCGAGCUGCAGCCGAAACUCAAGCAGGUCUUCGGCAAGGGUCUCAUCAAGGCCGCCAUGACGACGGGGGCCUGGAUCUUCACCGGGGGGGUCAAUACAGGGGUCAUCCGCCACGUCGGGGAUGCCCUGAAGGAUCACGCCACCAAAUCGCGGGGGAAGAUCUGCACCAUCGGCAUCGCCCCCUGGGGGAUCGUGGAGAACCAGGAGGACCUCAUCGGCAAAGACGUGGUCAGACCGUACCAGACCAUGUCCAACCCCCUGAGCAAGCUGACGGUCCUGAACAGCCUGCACUCCCACUUCAUCCUGGCCGAUAACGGGACCACGGGGAAGUACGGAGCAGAGGUCAAACUCCGCCGGCAGCUGGAGAAGCACAUCUCCCUGCAGAAGAUCAACACCAGGAUUGGUCAGGGAGUGCCGGUGGUGGCUCUGAUAGUGGAGGGCGGGCCGAACGUGAUCUCCAUCGUGCUGGAGUACCUGCGGGACACGCCCCCUGUGCCGGUGGUGGUGUGUGACGGCAGCGGCCGCGCCUCCGACAUCCUGGCCUUCGGCCACAAGUACUCCGAGGAGGGAGGGAUCAUAAACGAGUCUUUGCGGGACCAGCUGCUGGUGACCAUCCAGAAGACGUUUAACUACAGCCGCACACAGGCCCAGCACCUCUUCAUCAUCCUCAUGGAGUGCAUGAAGAAGAAGGAGCUGAUAACCGUGUUUCGAAUGGGGUCGGAGGGUCACCAGGACAUUGACCUGGCUAUCCUCACUGCUCUCCUGAAAGGGGCCAAUGCGUCUGCGCCGGACCAGCUGAGCUUGGCGUUGGCGUGGAACAGGGUGGACAUCGCCCGCAGCCAGAUCUUCAUCUACGGGCAGCAGUGGCCGGUUGGCUCCCUGGAGCAGUCCAUGCUGGACGCGUUGGUGCUGGACAGAGUGGACUUUGUGAAGCUGCUGAUUGAGAAUGGUGUCAGCAUGCACCGAUUCCUCACCCUCUCCAGGCUGGAGGAGCUCUACAACACGAGGCACGGACCGUCAAACACGCUGUACCACCUGGUCAGAGACGUCAAAAAGGGCAACCUCCCGCCGGACUACAGAAUCAGUCUGAUUGACAUCGGCCUGGUCAUUGAGUACUUGAUGGGCGGAGCAUACCGUUGCAAUUACACCAGGAAAAGGUUUCGAACCCUUUACCACAAUCUCUUCGGCCCCAAGAGACCAAAGGCCCUUAAGCUCUUGGGAAUGGAGGACGACAUGCCGAUCAGGCGGGGCCGGCAGAAGACCACCAGGAAGAGGGAGGAGGAGGUGGACAUCGACCUGGACGACCCGGAGAUCAACCACUUCCCCUUCCCCUUCCACGAGCUGAUGGUGUGGGCGGUGUUGAUGAAGAGGCAGAAGAUGGCGCUCUUCUUCUGGCAGCACGGCGAGGAGGCCAUGGCCAAGGCCCUGGUGGCCUGCAAGCUGUGCAAGGCCAUGGCCCACGAGGCGUCCGAGAACGACAUGGUGGACGACAUCUCGCAGGAGCUCAACCACAACUCCAGGGAGUUCGGCCAGUUGGCGGUGGAGCUCCUGGAUCAGUCCUACAAGCAGGACGAGCAGAUGGCCAUGAAGCUCCUGACCUACGAGCUGAAGAACUGGAGCAACGCCACCUGCCUGCAGCUGGCCGUGGCGGCCAAACACCGCGACUUCAUCGCGCACACCUGCAGCCAGAUGCUCCUGACGGACAUGUGGAUGGGCCGCCUGCGCAUGCGCAAGAACUCCGGACUAAAGGUGAUCCUGGGCCUGCUGCUGCCUCCCUCCAUCUUGAGCCUGGAGUUUAAGAACAAGGACGAGCUGAGCUACAUGCCCCAGGAGCAGGACACCUACCUGCAGGAGAAGGAGGUGGAGGAGCCCGAGAAGCCGGCCAAGGACAAGGAGGAAGAGGACAUGGAGUUCACAGUAAGAUCCUACUGUGGAACGCAGUACAACUCCGUGGCCAUGCUGGGAAAGGUCGCCACGGAGACGUCGCGGAAGAAGGACGUGGAGGAGGUGCAGAGCCGGCACCGGCUCAUCCCUUUCGGACGCAAGAUCUACGAGUUCUACAACGCACCCAUCGUCAAGUUCUGGUUCCACACUCUGGCCUACGUGGGGUACCUGAUGCUCUUUAACUACAUCGUCCUGGUGAAGAUGGAGCUGUGGCCCUCCCCACAGGAGUGGAUAGUCAUCGCCUACAUCUUCACCAACGGCAUCGAGAAGAUGAGAGAGAUCCUGAUGUCAGAGCCGGGGAAGUUGCUGCAGAAGGUGAAGGUGUGGCUACAGGAGUACUGGAACAUCACGGACCUGAUGGCCAUCCUGAUCUUCUCGGUGGGCAUGGUGCUGCGUCUGCAGGACCCGCCCUUCAUGAGCUACGGCCGUGUCAUUUACUGUGUCAACAUCAUCUACUGGUACAUCCGCCUGCUCGACAUCUUCGGUGUCAACAAGUACCUGGGGCCCUACGUCAUGAUGAUCGGCAAGAUGAUGAUUGACAUGAUGUACUUCGUCAUCAUCAUGCUGGUGGUGCUGAUGAGUUUCGGGGUGGCGCGGCAGGCCAUCCUGAACCCCAACGAGGACCCGUCCUGGAUGCUGGCCCGCAACAUCUUCUUCAUGCCCUACUGGAUGAUCUACGGGGAGGUGUUCGCCGACCAGAUCGACCAUCUCAGUAAUAGGAAGCUACAGCACAAGCUGAAUGAGAAACUCUGGCUGGUCGAAAAUUACUUUCGAACUCACGGAACCUGGCGUAACAACGCACCCUGUGGCCAGAACGUGACGGCGGAGGACGGGACCGUGGUGGUGCUCCCCCCCUGUAAGACCGGGGCGUGGAUCGUCCCGGCCAUCAUGGCCUGCUACCUCUUAGUGGCCAACAUCCUGCUGGUCAACCUGCUCAUCGCCGUCUUCAAUAACACCUUCUUCGAGGUGAAGUCCAUCUCUAACCAGGUGUGGAAGUUCCAGAGGUACCAGCUGAUCAUGACCUUCCACGAGCGCCCGGUCCUUCCUCCCCCCCUCAUCAUCUUCAGUCACAUGACCAUGGUGCUGAAGCACCUGUGCUGCCGCUGGCGCAAACACGACGACGACGAGCACGACUACGGCCUGAAGCUGUUCAUCACCGAGGACGAGCUGAAGAAGGUGCACGACUUCGAGGAGCAGUGCAUCGAGGAGUACUUCCGCGAGAAGGACGACCGCUUCAACUCCUCCAACGACGAGAGGAUCCGGGUCACCUCCGAGAGGGUGGAGAACAUGGCGAUGCGUCUGGAGGAGGUGAACGAGCGGGAGCACUUCAUGAAGGCGUCGCUGCAGACGGUGGACAUCCGGCUGGCGCAGAUGGAGGAGCUGAUUGGGCGGGUGGCGGUGGCUCUGGAGCGCGUGACGGGGCUGGAGCGGGGCGAGGCCCAGAAGGCGCGCUCGCGCACGUCCUCGGACUGCACCGACGCCGCCUACAUCCUGCGGCAGAGCAGCUUCAACAGCCAGGAGGGCAACUCCGCCUACCGCAUCCAGGAGGCGCUGGAGCAGACGGGCGAGGGCUCCAUGUCGCCCACCUCCCCCACCGUCCUGGCGCCCCGCCAGCGGAGCCACUCCUUCUACGUGGCGGGGUCGCGGGACCGGGGCGGGGCCAGCUGCGGGGGCGGGAACGGCUGCGGGGGCGGGAACGGCUGCUCCGAUAAGCCGGAGGGCUUCUUCAAAGAGCGCUCGCUGAGCCUGCACCGGGCCAACAGCUCGCAGUCGGUGUCGUCGACGGCGCCCCGGGACCCCCGGCCCCUCCCCCUCAACACGCUGUCCGUGCAGCAGCAGCACCGGCCCUCGUCCUGCAUCGACAUCUACGUCUCGGCGUCCGAGGAGGGCCAGCACCCGCUGGAGGGCUGCGAGCCGGACCCCCUGCACAUGCCGGCCUUCCCCCGCGACCCCUCCCUGCACACGGAGAUCAUGGAGGCCGUGCUGACCCGCGGGGCCUACGGCUGCGGGCUGGGGCUGGGCGGGGCGGGGCCCUCGGACGCGGCGGCGGCCGUGUUCGAGGACAGCGCCCUGGGGGGGGCGGACCUGGGGCUGUGCCCGUCCUCCCUGCUCCCCGACAGCCUGUCGCCCUGGGACCUGGAGCCGCCGCAGGCCCUGGAGCGCUCCAAGAGCAGCCGCUUCCUGUCGGCGGCCGGCGCCCCGCUCUUCCUGGACGAGCCGCCGCUGGUGAAGUCGCACAGCCUGAUGUUCACGCCGCGCGGCGCGGCCGGGGGCGCCGCCGGCUACUACGGCGGGAUGGGCGUGCAGGUGAAGGCGGCCGAGUACACGAGCAUCACCGACUGCAUCGACACGCGCUGCGUCUCCACCCCCAACGCCCCACCCGAGCGCUCCGACUCGCCCGGGGUGUCCUUCUUCCAGAAGGCCCAGGACCUGGCCGCCUCCCACCCGGAGCGGGAGGCCGAGCUCAGCCACGCCGACUCCGACCCCGACGACCCGGAAGCGCUGCCCGAGCCGCGCAGGGGCGGGGCCUACCUGGGCGGGGCCUUCUGCACGCCGCUGGCCAGGCUGGAGCGGGCCAACAGCUGCUCGUCGGAGGACUCGCACGCCAGCAACGCCCGCCGGAGCUUCUCCGGGGGAGAGAAGACGGACGGACGGCAGCGGAACUCCCGCAACCCCUUCCAGCGGAGCAAGUCCAGCUCCAAGCCCGAGCCCAAGAUGGACAGCCUGUCCAUGAGGAAACUGUCCAAGCCCUCCGCCUUCCGCAGCUUCGACAGCCGACAGAACUUCACGUAGUGGGCUAGCCCCCCUCCCCCAGACCCUGCCCCUCCCCGCUCUCCGCCCGCCCCGCUCUCUCCGCCCGGACGCACGUCCGAAGGCUAACGAACUCGGACGACCCCCUCCCGUCCGUAUCCGGUGGCGGUGCGAGAGGGAUAUCGUUCUGCGUUUCCCCCCCCGCUCUCUCAGUCCGCUCCGCUCUGUCCAGUUUCCGGGUUUUAUUUCCUUCCAUUUUCAGGACUCACGCAAAGCCAUUUCUGUCUCCGGUCUGUCAUCCUGACUGGGGAAACCGUUUCAUGUUCUUUUUCUUUCACUCGCGAGUAAAAGGGAGAGAGAGCAACAUGUAAACAACAAAAGAGGAAAAAGGGCAAUGUAUUACAGAGCUGUGUGAUCUAGGAGAGAAGGUGCCGUCGCCAAACCAAGAAAGAAAAGAAAAAAAAAGAUGAUUUCGGAGAGGAUGGAAGAAGAGGGAAUAUCAUAAGACAAUCAAUAUGGUUUGUGUUUGAGAAAUGUACCUGCAUGCUGUUUACUCAACCUAGAGAAUGUCAUGUGUCAAUCACAGAACACAUAGUGCCCUUUUCUGGCCCUCCUUCGAUGGUUUCUCACACGUCUCUCACACGUCUCUCACACACGGUAUUAAAGCAGCUGUCCUGCUCCAAGUAUUAGCCUCACAUUUCGGUCGUGUACAUUUGGAUGUGAAGCAGACAAAAAAAAUAUCAAGAAUCCUUCUCACGAAUCAGAAAAAAACUAGCCUUUCUUCUAGAGACACAAAUAUAUACUGAUUGAUUGCUUGACUGAUUGGUUUACGAAUGCAUUUUGAGUUAUCUUCAAAACACGUCCAAUGUUUUAGGGGGGGUUUUUUUCUUGACCUUUGACCCUUGUGAUUGAAGCGCUUGCACGCUGCUGUUUUUGAUUUUAAAGUUGCAAAGAGUCGCUUAAAAACAAAGCAUAAAAACCUUUUUUUGGACUGUGCCCACAUGUCAAAGCAAUGAUGCCGUUUUCUGAGUCUUCCCAGUCAGCUAUAUUGGGCUACAGAAAUGGUCACCCGGACACUGAGAUUCUGAAUACUCAACAGCCUCUUUGGGGAAAACCAGGAAGCAGGAAGGUAAACAUGCUAGCUAUAUUUAGCAAAGACCUCAAGCCAAACCACGAGGGCUAGUAUAAUCUGUGUAUUUUUAAAACCUUUCUAUAUCAUCAUAUUAGCCCACCCCCAACCCAACGAUUUUAAAAAGAUGUAAUUCAUUUCUUACCAUGUGACUUGACACAACCAUUUAUCUAUAAAGGGUAGAAUUGUAAUGGCAGUAAUUCAGGGUAUAAGAUAUAAUAGCGCUGUUUGGUCAGGAAUCAUCAGCAUGUCCUACUGUUGCCUAAUGUUCUGCUCUUUUCAACAAAACCAUGCAUUCUGAAGUAGCCAGAUGUGUUAUGUGGGCAGAUAUUUAAAAGGGAUUUUGAAAAACUUUAGUUGAGAUUAUCCCUCUUUUUUUCCCUCGUGGUUGAAAGACCCACCAUGCCAUCUGCACCCAUACGGAGCUGUUCAGCUGAACAGCCAGUCAGAGCUUUUGGAAACGGAAGCACGCUGGUGGCUGAAAUUUAACAUAAGGAAUGGCCUUUAGUUUAACACAUAGCACUGCAUCCUGUGCCAGUCCCACCCAGCCAGAAGGCUCUUCUCCUCACCUGUUACCAGGUAAACACAUCACCUGUACAGUCGGACUUGCUCAGGGUGGGGGUGGGGGGCAAGUCUCUUCCUGGGGUUUCACUUUUCACUACUUACUGAUGUAACCUGACAUAAGUGUUUUUUUUCUCUUUUUUUUCUUUUGUUUUUUUAGAAAUAAAACUUGUUAUUUCUACUUCAAAGUAAAAGGAUGCUGGAGGUUGUGCUGCAGUUCUGUACAAGCUUCAGAAAAUCUUUGCCAACAAAGCCACGGUUGCCAUAACAGCACUAAUCUUCUAAUGUAGACUGGCCUUUAUUAAAAUAAUAGCACUGUUCUGGAA